AUGUGGUCCUGGCUUUCUGCUACUGAGUACAGUCGUGGGAAACAGGAGCACCGCAGGAGACAGGAUGUGAUCAUCAUGGCACCUGCAUCACUGAUUCUUUUGGCGGCCACAGUGAUACUGCAAGUAGACUUACUUCCUGAUAAAAAAUUUUUACUUCUCCCACCCGUCAAUUUCACCAUUAAAGCUAUCAAUUUAGCUCAAGUUCUUUUACGCUGGGAACCAAAUACUGAUCAAGAACAAAGAAAUGUCCAGCUAGGGUAUCACGUGAAAAUAAAUGCUCCACAAGAAGAAGAUUACGAAACCAGGAACACUGAGAGCAGACGCAUAACCAUCCUUCAUAAAGGCUUCUCAGCAAGUGUGCAGACGGUCCCGUGGAACGACCGCUCCCUCCAGCCAAGCAGCUGGGUUUCCGCGGAGCUUAAAGCCCCACCAGGGUCUCCUGGAACCUCAAUUGUGAAUUUAACUUGCACGACGAACACCAAGGCAAAUAAUUACACACACUUACGGCCGUACCAAGUUUCUCUUCACUGCACCUGGCUUGUUGGCAAGGGGGCCCCUGAGGACACGCAGUAUUUUCUCUACUAUAGGUAUGGCUCUUGGACUGAAGAAUGCCAAGAAUACAGCAAAGACACCUUGCAGAGGAAUAUCGCCUGCUGGUUUCCCAGGACUUUUAUCAAUAGCAAAGGGCGCGACUCGCUUGCAGUGUAUGUUAACGGCUCAAGCGAGGAAGCUGCGAUCAAGCCUUUCGAUGAGCUCUUUGCCCUUCAUGCCAUUGAUCGAGUAAAUCCUCCAGCAAAAGUCACAGCAGAGAUUGAAGGAACCUGUCUCUCUAUCCAAUGGGAGAAACCAGUUUCUGCUUUUCCGGUCCAUUGCUUUGAUUACGAAGUGAAAAUUUACAACACAAGGAAGGGGUAUUUUCAGACAGAAAAAAUGACGACCAAUACAUUCAUCUCCAUAAUUGAUGGUAUUUCUGAGUAUUCCAUUCAAGUGAGAGCAGCAGUGAGCUCUGCGUGCAGAGCGGGGGGGCCCUCCAGUGAGUGGAGUCAGCCUAUUUAUGUGGGAAACAAUGAGCAGAAGCCCUGGACAAAAUGGUUCCUUAUUGCAGUUACGGCGACCAUCUGCUUUAUCUUGUUAAUUUUCUCACUCAUCUGCAGAACAUGCCACUUAUGGACCAAGUUGUUUCCACCUGUUCCGGCACCAAAGAGUAAUAUUAAAGAAUUCUUUGUAACCAUCAACUAUGAGAAAACCUGUUCUGGUGAAACAGAAAUUGAAGUCAUAAGCUAUGUGGAGGAGGAUGGAUCUGAGACCCUGGAGGACUCCGUGUUUUGA